CACACCAGAAGCAAUCACAUCACAAGCAUCAAUCAGCAUCAGCAACAUCACAAUCAGCAACCAAUCAUUUUCAUCCAACAUCCAUAAGCAAGCAUCAUCACAAUCAGCCAGCAUUCAGCCCACAUCCAGCAAAAUCCAGAUCCAAUCCAUAUCCAUCACCAUCCCACAUCAGCAUCCACCAACAUCAGCAUCAUCAUCUCACAGCACAUCCACAUCACAUACACACAACAUCAUUCAAACACAAGCAGCACACACCAUCAUCUCAGCAACAUCAGCAGCAGCACAUCCAGCAGCAUCACAGCAAUCAUCAGCACAGCACAAAUCAAUCCAGCAAAGCAGCAAGCAAGCCAUCAUCAGCACCAGAUCACAGGACAUCAGCAGUCAAUCAAUCAUCAUCAGCAGCAGCAUCAAGCAGCACAAUCAGCAGCAGCAGCAGCAUCAAUGCCAAAAUCAGCACAUACAGCAGCAAUCAGCCAAUCCAUAUCCAGCACAGCAGCGCAAGCCAGCAUCAUCAGCACGCAUCAUCAGCAGCAGCACAAUCACAUCAUCAUCAGCAAGCAGCACAGCAAAGCAUCAGCCAGCAGCAAGCAGAAUCAUCAUUCAAGCAAGCACACAUCAGCAGCAAGCAUGCAGCAAGCAAAGCAAGCAAUCCAGCCAAAGCAUCCAAACAGCAAGCAAAUCAUCCUCAAUCAUCAUCAAGCAAAAGCACAAGCAAGCAUCAAGCAUGCAGCCAUCAGCAGCAGCAUCAGCAGCGCAGCAAGCACACAAGCAAUCACAGCAGCAGCCAGAAACCAAUCUACAUCAGCGCCAAGAAUCAAGCUAUCAUGCAGCGCAUCAGCACAGCAGCCAAGCAGCAGCAAGCAAGUCACAGCCAGGCCAUCAGUCCAAAGCAGCAGCAGCAAUCAGCCAGCACAAGCAAGCACGCAGCAAGCAACCAUCAAAGCAGCAGCACAGCAGCAAGCACAAGCAGCAAAGCAGCAUCACAUCAGCGCAUCACACAUCAGCAGCAGAAAGCAUCAGCAGCAGCCAAGCACAUCAGCAGCAGCAGCAGCAAAGGCAAUCAGCAGCAGCAGCCACAGGCAUCAGCACAUCAGCAGCCAGCACACAAAGCACAGCAGCACAGCAAAGCAGGCACAUCAGCAUCACACAGACACAAUCAUCAGCACACAGCACAGGCAGCAAAAGCAAAGCAGGCAAUCAGAUCAACAAGCAAGCAAUCAACAGAAAUCAGCUCAUCGCAGCAGCACACAGCCAGCCACCAUCACGCAGCACGCACAUCACAGCAGCAAAGCCAGGCCACCAGCACAAGCCAGCAUCAGCAGCAGCACAAGCACAGCACAACCAGCACAGCCAGCCAACCAAGCAGCACCAGCACCAACCAAGCACCAACCAGCACACACCCAAGCACCAGCACCAGCACCACCAUG